CCCGGGCCCUGAUGGACUGAAUGAAGGCUGCCUACCCCGCGUAUCGAUGCCUCUCCAAAGACCUAGAGGGCUGCGCCAUGAACCCGGAGCUGACAAUGGAAAGUCUGGGCACUUUGCACGGGCCGGCCGGCGGCGGCAGCGGCGGCAGCGGCGGGGGUGGCGGCGGCGGCGGGGCCGGCGGGGCCGGCGGAGGGGGUCCGGGCCCUGAGCAGGAGCUGCUGGCCAGCCCCAGCCCCCAUCACGCGGGUCGCGGGGCCACCGCCGGCUCGCUGCGGGGCCCGCAGCCGCCGCCGCCGCCGCCUCCACCGGCCCCGGCUGCGCACCAGGAGCUGGGCACGGCGGCGGCGGCGGCUGCAGCGGCGGCGGCGGCGGCGGCGUCGCGCUCGGCGAUGGUCACCAGCAUGGCCUCGAUCCUGGACGGCGGCGACUACCGGCCCGAGCUCUCCAUCCCGCUGCACCACGCCAUGAGCAUGUCGUGCGACGCGUCUCCGCCCGGCAUGGGCAUGAGCAACACCUACACCACGCUGACGCCGCUCCAGCCGCUGCCGCCCAUCUCCACCGUGUCCGACAAGUUCCACCAUCCGCACCAUCACCACCCGCACCACCACCACCACCACCACCAUCACCACCACCAGCGCCUGUCGGGCAACGUCAGCGGCAGCUUCACCCUCAUGCGCGACGAGCGCGGGCUCCCCCCGGCUAUGAACAACCUCUACAACCCCUACAAGGAGAUGCCCGGCAUGAGCCAGAGCCUGUCCCCGCUGGCCGCCACGCCGCUGGGCAACGGGCUGGGCGGCCUCCACAACGCGCAGCAGAGUCUGCCCAACUACGGGCCCCCCGGCCACGACAAGAUGCUCAGCCCCAACUUCGACGCGCACCACACUGCCAUGCUGACCCGCGGCGAGCAGCACCUGUCCCGCGGCCUGGGCACGCCGCCCACGGCGAUGAUGUCGCACCUCAACGGCCUGCACCACCCGGGCCACGCUCAGGCCCACGGCCCCGUGCUGGCGCCCAGCCGCGAGCGGCCGCCCUCGUCCUCGUCCGGCUCGCAGGUGGCCACGUCGGGCCAGCUGGAGGAGAUCAACACCAAGGAGGUGGCCCAGCGCAUCACCGCCGAGCUCAAGCGCUACAGCAUCCCGCAGGCCAUCUUCGCGCAGAGGGUGCUCUGCCGCUCUCAGGGGACGCUCUCCGACCUGCUCCGCAACCCCAAACCGUGGAGUAAACUCAAAUCUGGCAGGGAGACCUUCCGCAGGAUGUGGAAGUGGCUGCAGGAGCCCGAAUUCCAGCGCAUGUCCGCCUUACGCCUGGCCGCAUGCAAACGCAAAGAGCAAGAACCAAAUAAAGACAGGAACAAUUCCCAGAAGAAAUCCCGCCUGGUGUUCACUGACCUCCAGCGCCGAACACUCUUUGCCAUCUUCAAGGAGAACAAGCGCCCGUCCAAAGAGAUGCAAAUAACCAUUUCCCAGCAGCUGGGCCUGGAGCUCACCACGGUCAGCAACUUCUUCAUGAAUGCUCGGCGCCGCAGCUUGGAGAAGUGGCAAGAUGACCUCAGCACGGGGGGCUCCUCGUCCACCUCCAGUACGUGUACCAAAGCAUGACAGGUGGACUCUCGAUGGCACACGCGGCACCUCCAAACACAGGUGGCAGGUACCAGAAGGAAACACCAAGGGAUAGCGACGCCGGAUGCCGAGCUGGGGCCCUUCACUGGUGAUCUGAAAGCACAAUUCUCUUGAAAAGAAACUUCUAGCUGUAAUCAUAGGCCAGGUGUUCUUGUUUUCUUUUUCAAUGGCUAUGGAGUCCAAGUGCAAGCUGAAAAACAAAACCAAAAACGCAUCUCUUUGAACUGGACAUUGUCCUCUGAGCAUGCUAAGCAGCCAGAAACCCAAAUGGGGCAUUCGUGGAGCAAGUUCACUGCAGCGUCAAGUCAGCCAAGCGGUGUCCGCAGUCUCAUCUCGAGUCCUUCACAAGUAACAGUGGGAAAUUGGGCCCCAUCUAAGGACAUGAGUUGGGCUUCCAAGAUGCUACACUAGAGAAGAAUCUAGCAACAAGAAUGACCUUGUUUGCUUUCCAAGUGCUUAGCCUCAUGAUUCCACAGUACAUCCAAAUUCACAGCCAUAACAUUGAAAACAUCUGAAUGAUAAUUACUGAGCACAAGUUUCAAUAUGGGAAUUUUUUAAAAAUCCAAGGACCUGGUUUUCCAACUCAGGCAUCUUUUCAUUGAAUGGUUUUGAAAGUUUUAAGUUGAUCCAGUUUACAAUGUGUUUUUUUUUUCUUUUCCUUACCUCCUGAAAAAUCUCAUGUGGUCUUGGAUCCAUCCAAAAAAAAAAAAAUCAGUUCCCUUGAGCUCAAAGUAUCAAGCACAACAAAGAAAAACAGAGCAAGGAAGGAAGGUUCUGGAUUUACCAAUUCUGGAUUUUCAAGACUCCGAUUGUGAAGUCAUUAGGGAAUUAUUGGGAAUAUGGCUUCAAGCACAUUUUGCAGUUUGCUACAAAUUGUUUGUACAUAAUACAGAUGCACACUCAGGAGGCCAAUUUAACUGUUACGGUACAUAGAGCAAAUGCAGCAUUUUAAAGAUCUAGAUUUUUUUAGGUCAUUAAUGUAUCCUUCUUGGUUAUCAGUCACCUGGUUUCUUCUCUCAUGCAUUAGGACCACCAUGUAUUUCAUUCUCACUCUUUGAGUUUGAGGUUCUUCCCAUCCCCAUCACAUUGGUUAGGGACAUUUUGUGAGGAAAAUGAUGAAUUACUAAAACAACUCAAACCACUCUACAUGUUACUCAUGAUUGCCAUCUCUUCCAUUGUUGAGUCAUCCUCAUAAAACCACUGGCUAAAUCUGGAGAAAACACAGCACACCAAAGAAGCAGAAUACUGCAAACCAAAGACACUUAGUACUUGCCAUUUUCUAGCAUUACUGUGAUUACCUUUAGAAAUCAGAAAGAAACCUUCUGCAACUCCAAAUGGCAAUUCAGCUCUUGCAUUUGGCUUACCAUCUGGCUGAGCAGACUGGCCACGCCAACGACAGUAGCCAAAGCCACCGAGGGAGAGGCUCCACGAAGCCAGCUCUGGUCCCUGGCUGCCACCUUCCCACAACAGGCAGAAGAGCACCCACAGAACUCUGGGAGAUUGCGAAGGCCACCAUGUGCAUAUUUACCAGUGAAUGGCCCCACACGGGCACCUUGGGGGUGUUCCAAGCAAGCCAAACGCUGCGAUGACUCUUUACAGACACUUGAGACUGACAUUUUUUUAUGAAUUACUAAUCGAAACCAAAGAGAAAUUUUCUGCACCUACUUCUGCAACAAAGCAAUUGUCCCAUUAAAAAAUGAAUCCGUAAAUGAAUUCCUAAGUCAACGAGAACCACUACCACCGGCAAGAAGAAGGAAAACAGAAAACAAAACUAAUCCAAACACGAGAACAACGAGACGCACUGUGUUCAGACAGAUCUCUUGGGACAUUUUUUGGAAGCAGAUUUUAAAGAAAGGGUUGAGACAAAAGAAUAGGAAUAAGGAAGAGCCUCCAUGGCAGCUGCUUCAUUGGAUGACUCCCGCUGUAAUCUUAAAGAUUGUCUUUAAUUUGUGCCUAUGCAGUUUUUUCAAAGAACACGGAACAGAGCAACAGAAACCUCAACAGCUACAAUACCAAAGAUGAGGAUUUCUCACACCUUUUGUUUCAGUUCAUUAUCUCCUUUUGCCUGGCUAAAAUCCUAAUAGCGCCAUUGAUCAGUGUGAAGGUAAUCAAUUUUGUUUCUCAGCAACACGAGGAAAAAGGGUCAUUUAACUUGAUUUUUAUUGUUUCCCUUUAAUUUUGCUUUAUGGCUUCUCCACCCCAACUUGGAAUCCCUCAAAAGGUUCCAUGAACUCCAAGUUUAAGACAUUUGGAUACUGAAUGGUGAUAUUUGGCAGAACAUGGGAAAUACUCCUGUCACUUGAACAUUCUUGGUCCUUAGACUCAGUUCUUUCUAUGUUCAGAGUCUCACAUCAGGGGAGGGCAGGGGAGGGAGUGAGGAUCAGGGGUAGCGGUCUUGGGGACACAUUCUCUCUCCGAGCCACAAAACCAAA